ACCGCGCGCAGCCUUGCCGACUUUCUUUUUCCAGCGCUCACCAGCAAUAUCAAGCAGAACCCACCAAUCUGCCUAUACGACAUACGGCCACUGAUUCAGGGAUACAUUUUCCCGGCACAAAACCAGACUGGCCCCCUAAGUCACUCUCUGCACCAUGCCUCACAAACACAAGCGAAAACGCGAUGAAGACGAGACAAACUUCGACCUCCCACCCACGACUCGCGCCCGCCCCCUCCCAUCCCUAGCAGCAACAAAACAAGAAUCAAUAUUCACCUCCGACAAGGAAACCAAAGCCAAAGCCCAACAAAAAAAGAUUGCGUCCAAACGCAAAUCCAAACCCAAUGGCUUCGCCGACGACGAUACUCCCAAAGCAUUCGCCCGCCUCAUGGCAUUCCAACAAGGCAAAAAGAUCCGGCCCUCAGCAGGCUUAGACGACGGGACACCAAAAUCGAAAAAGAAGGAUAAAAACAAACCAAAACCAUCCACCACCACCACUACUACGAACACCACCACCAACACCAACACUGAUACCAACACCUCCGCCCCCACCACCACCUCUACAACAAAUCUCAAAAUCCUCCCGGGCGAAAAACUAUCCGAAUUUUCCGCCCGCGUCGACCAAUCCCUCCCCCUAACCUCGAUCCCCAAACCCUCCACUGGCCGCCUCACAAAAAUCCCCGGCCUAGAAAACCUCAAAGCCGCCCAAUUGACGAAACACAAUAAACGGCUCGCGCGACUACAGAGCGAAUGGCGUGCAACCGAGGAAAAACUGCGAUUGAAACGUGAGGAGGAGGCCGAGGAACUCGCGGAUAAAGUGGAGGAAGACGAGCUAGUCUGGUUGGGGGCGGGGAUUGAUAAGAACGCUGGAGUAGCAGGCAAAAAGGGGAAAAAGAAAAAAGGGAAGAAGGCAGAUGCUGAUGAUGUCGAUCCUUGGAAACAGUUGGAACGAAAACGGGCCGAGGAAGGAACAUUGGGGAGACCGGCGAGUCUGCAGGAUGUGGUGUUGGCGCCGCCGGUGUUGAAGCCUGUUAGGAAUAUUUUCAAGGAGAGAUCGGAGAGGAAGACGCCGCUCGUACAUACCUGA